AUGGUCCAACAGGUCUGUCUGCCCAAUGGGCAGAUCUACACCGUUACCCCUGUCUUUGGUGGUUACGCCUUCAAAUCCACUAACCUCGACCUGCAUCACUCUGCGAUGCCGCCGGGAUGGACAGUGAUCAUUCAGACAGAAGACGAAGUCGAGGAUGAACCCGAGCGGAGGAAGAGUAAAGUACCAGAGGAUCAAUAUUCGAAAGAGCCCGAAGAGAUGGGCCCCCACAAGCAUGUAGUCGCACAUCGGUUUACCGUCCCUACAAUCCAGAGCGACUCGCUUUUCAUUUCGUCCAUAUCGAUGCCUGCCAGCGCAGAUUUCAAGAAUACUGCUAGCCCCACCCGACAUAUUGCCAUGAUGCUCUGGGCAACCCUGUGCUGGUACUUCCAUAAAGAAGCUCCCAAUCCUCAUGCUCUUACCGAUGCAUCGGCCCUGACGCCGGAGGCGGGUAGACCGAAGCUGGAAUGGCGCAUCAAAAUUAAAAGAGAAGGCAUUUUCAAAGGAAAGAAUACCCUGCAAAAGCUUGAGCGGAUGGGUCUCAUCGCAAGCGAGGAUUCGUGUGUGGGCACCGACACUGAUAUUCGCUUGCCUAAUGGUUGGGCAGAAACCUUUGUGAGUAGGAGGUCGUUCUGGCAGAUCGACGCAAGAAUCUUUCUCUAUACCAUGGCGCCUCAGCAACAUUCACCCUACCCUCAGGCAUCGCCGUAUCCCUCACGUCCUUCCUCGCCAGAGCGAACUGCCGGUGAACGAGGUUCUCCUCUGCCUGCAGACUAUGUCGUGCCGACCGCUGCAGCGAUACCAGAAGGGUUUACUGCAGGGAUCUCCUCUCCUGGAGGCCCUUUCAAUUCAGGAAGCCAUCUACCGACAUAUUAUCCUGCUCCGCCGACCCAAUUCACCUUCACAAACCACAUACGUCAUCCAAUUCGUCCAAAACCGCCUCGGCAAGGCGAAACAUUUUACAAUCGAUACAUCCCCAGUCUAGGUCAGUGGCUCUCCUUCCGGGUGCCGACACUUUCUCCCAAACCAUGUCCUCAUCCCCAUUUCGGGACUAUGGGAGGAUCGAUGCCGACAAUGACGCCCAGUCACGGAGGAGGAGCGUCCAUAGCAACCCUUCCCACAGUCGCCAACUUUACAGACUCUCAAUCUGAUCUCGAUCUGCUACAUAAGUGGAUGAACGAUCCUCGAGUGAAUGCAGCGUGGGGCGCGGCCGGGUCGCUAGCAACACAGAGGAAAUUCUUGGUGGAUAGUCUUAUAAGCAGGCACUCGUUCCCAGUCUACGGUUGCUGGGACGGUAAACCGUUUGGCUAUUUUGAGAUAUAUUGGGUCAAAGAAGACAGACUGGGCCGGCUUCUGGGGGGCGAUGUCGGCAAUUACACGCGAGGAUUACACGCGUUGGUGGGGGAGAAUGAAUUCCGUGGCCCUCAUCGAGUCAAGGUUUGGUUAUCAGCUCUGGUACAUUAUUGCUGGUUGGCCGAUUCUCGAACCGAAACUGUGAUACUGGAGCCAAGGGUCGAUAAUACAAAGUUUAUCGACUAUUUGAAAGACUGCGGGUUUUACAAGCAAGGCGAAGUGUCCUUUCCGCACAAGCAGUCUGCUAUAAUGAAGAUCGAUCGAGAAUCUUGGGAGGCGCCUGAGUGUUAG